AACAAAUAAACAAAUAAACAAAUAAAAUAAAUAUAUAUUUAUUUAAUUUUUAUAAUAACUCAGUUCAAAUAUAUUAAUAUAAUAAAAUAAUUAAAAAUGGCAACUAUUUUUGAUAUCUUAUUAAAUCAAAAUUUAAAUAAUAAUAAUUUUAAAUCACAAAUAAAAAGAGAAAUAAUUAAUUUUAUACCAGAUUCAGAUGUUAUUGAAACCAAAGAUUCUUUAGUCAUUGAAACUGAACUUGCAGGUGUAAAUAAAGAUGAUAUUCAAAUCGAAAUUAAAGAUUCAAAGUUAUAUAUUCAAGGUGAAAAGAAAAGAUCAACAUAUAAAAAUAACAUUAUUGAAACCACCACCCAAAUUGAUAACGAACCAUCCAUUGAAGAGUUUGAAGAUAUUAGCACCUCUGAUACCACCGCCACCAGUUUACAAUCAAAUAAAGAAAGCAAACCAGAAUCAAGCACUACCAAUACCGUCACUGACAAUACAAAAGAACAAGUUAAGAAAUAUAUCUGCGAAAGAUCAUACGGUAAAUUCAGAAAAUAUUUAGACUUAACCAGAAUAUUGUAUACAUUAGAUUUAUCAAGUAUCAAAACACAAUUCAACAACGGUCUUUUAACAAUAACUAUUAAUAAGAAAAAAGAUUAUUCAAAUACAAUUAAAAUAAACUUAUUAUAAAGAGAUAAAUAAAAAUUAACAUUUUGUAAAUAUUAAAAAAUUUCUUUUGCAAAUCU